CAAUAAUAAUAACAAUAAUAAAUAUUAUCUUCAUGAACUUAAUAGAUCAAAUACAAUAAGAAGUAAUCUGUUCUACAAUUAUUUCUAUAGAUAACUACUUACUUUCCGAAACUUACAAAUAAGUUGUAAGAAUUAGGUUAAUCAACAUAAACAAUCCCAUAACCAAACACUGCCUUAAAAGGGAUUCAAGUUAUUAUCUCUGUAUUAGAUGAGUUAUUUGGGUAUUUUAUAUUCACUUCUCUCUCUAGAAUUUUACAUGAAAUCAAUUCCCAAUAUACCUAGUUAGAAUAACAAUUAUAAAAGUAUGAGGGAGAAUGCCGAUCUCAUAUCAGGGUAUCAAAAACUAAAAUUACUUUAGACAGAAUAGAGAUUAAAAAUUCAUUGUGAAAAUAUACAAGAACUCUAUGAAUAAUAAUUAAAUCUAGAGAAAGAAUAUAAGAGUUAAAUUAUUGUAAUGAUUCUUAUAUAUUUGUUAGGGUUACCAAAAAGAGAUUGCAUAAUUAAAAAAAGAUCUCGAAGAUAAUUAAAAUUAGAAGAAUCAGUAACUCCAACAAAAAACAUAAUCGAUUAUAGAUAAAAUUUUAUUGGAUCAGUAGAAAUAAACUAUUCAUAUUGAAUCAAAAUAAAGAUCAAAUACAUUCCACAACAAUUUUAUGAAUCUCAAUUAACAAAAAUAAUCUAUCUCUUUUAAAACAAACUCUAGAAAAAAUAGAUUGAUUACAGAAUACUAAGAUUGUUAAACUAAGUAAAUAUUAUCAUAAUAUUGAAAGCUCUAAAUAAUCAAUUGAAGAGAAAUAGUAUUCGUCUCUUGAAAAAAUUUAAGAAUUAGCAACCCUCUAUUCUCGACCAAAAUCUAGAUUGCAAGAUAAUAUAAAUAAAAAAUCUGUUACAUUGCAUAUUGCUUAAAUGAAAGUCAAAUAAGUAAAAAAAACAUGA